AUUUUAUUGUGAAAAACUGUGUCCGGAAGUCACAUCUAUUUUUAUUCUGUCUCUGCUUCUACCGUUACGGUAUGUGACUGAGAAAGACUUACGGGAAGAGGAGAAGAGACUGUAGACGAGGGAUCGAUUAUAAGACUGGUGUUUUCAGGUGGCACAGAGCCUUUGGAGGUCGAUACCGUCCACAAAACCCAAGUUAUUCCGCUGGAUUUGGAAACGUUUCUGUAACAGUGACCGUUUAUUUGAUCUGAUACGGGAUGUCUGGACAGAGCAUUACAGACAGGAUAACCGCCGCUCAACACAGUGUCACCGGCUCGGCGAUUUCCAAAACUGUGUGCAAGGCGACCACACAUGAAAUAAUGGGACCAAAAAAGAAACAUUUGGAUUACUUGAUUCAGUGCACAAAUGAGAUGAAUGUGAACAUCCCUCAGCUGGCUGACACACUGUUUGAGAGGACCGCCAACACCAGCUGGGUGGUUGUGUUCAAGUCCCUCACCACCACACACCAUCUGAUGGUCUACGGCAAUGAGAGAUUUAUACAAUAUCUGGCUUCAAGGAACACACUAUUCAACCUCAGCAAUUUUUUGGACAAAAGUGGCCUACAGGGCUAUGAUAUGUCAACGUUCAUAAGGAGGUAUAGCCGCUACCUGAAUGAGAAGGCUGUGUCCUACAGACAAGUUGCUUUUGACUUCACUAAAGUGAAAAGAGGGGCUGAUGGAGUGAUGAGAACCGUGAACACAGAGAAACUCCUCAAGACCAUCCCUAUCAUCCAAAAUCAGAUGGAUGUGUUACUUGAUUUUAAUGUCAAUGCCAAUGAACUGACAAAUGGUGUGAUCAACGCAGCCUUCAUGCUUCUGUUCAAAGAUGCCAUCCGACUGUUUGCAGCAUACAAUGAAGGCAUUAUCAACCUCCUUGAGAAAUACUUUGACAUGAAGAAAAUCCAGUGCAAAGAAGGACUUGACAUCUACAAGAAAUUCCUUACACGAAUGACUAGAAUCUCAGAGUUCCUCAAAGUUGCAGAGCAAGUUGGAAUCGAUCGAGGAGACAUCCCUGAUCUGUCGCAGUUUACAGUUUGUGCCCCCAGCAGCCUGCUUGAUGCCCUGGAGCAGCACUUGGCCUCUUUAGAAGGAAAGAAAGUCAAAGAUUCAACAGCAGCCAGCAGGGCUAGCACACUCUCCAAUGCAGUCUCCUCCCUGGCUAACACCGGCAUAUCUUUCACAAAAGUGGACGAGAGGGAAAAACAGGCCGCCCUGGAGGAAGAGCAGACUCUCCUAAAAACACUAAAAGAGCAGCGACUGAAAGAGCUCCAAAAGGAUCCUACUGCAGCAACCACAGACUCAUCCCCUGACUCCACGAUGGGCGGGACCAUGAACUCAGCUCCUGCCAUUGACCUCUUCUCCACCCCGAGUUCCACCAACAGCACCUCCAAGGCAGCCAAUGAACUGCUGGACCUGCAGCCAGCUUUCCAGCAGCCACUGACUCUCUCCACCAGCAACACAUGGGGAGAACCUUUCACCUCUGCUGCUGAAGCUGUGGAGGAAUCCAUUCCCAACUCAAACCCUUUCCUCACACUACCUAUUGUCGAUGCUGUCCACCUGUCCACAGCGUCCUCAGACAAUGUCAGCCUGUCCUCUAGGACUCCUUGCCAUGAAAUAUUUGACUCCUUCUGUGGGCCAAGCCCUUACAACACCACUCCACUCUUCCAAUCUGAGUCCCCAGCUGUUGCUGGUCUAUUCAGAGGGUUUACAGCCUCCCCAACACCCCAGCAGCCACAGAACCCUCGAGGCCUUAAUGUCGACUUUGAGUCAGUAUUUGGCAACAACACCAAUGCUAACAACCUUGAUUAUACAGAUGUUUUAGGUGAUGUCCUCAAACCCACAGUGGCAUCCUCACCCAAUCAGGGCAUGACCCUGAACGGACAACAGGCUCACAAACUGGUAUCCAGCGACCUGGACUCAUCACUGGCCAAUCUUGUUGGCAAUCUGGGAAUUGGCAACGGCACGUCAAAGAAUGAUCUUCACUGGAGUCAGCCUGGUGAGAGGAAGCUGACAGGUGGAAACAACUGGCAACCCAAGAUGGCUCCUUCUACCACCUGGAACCCUGCAGCCAUGGCACCAUCUGUCAUGGCAUUUCCUGCAACCACACCGACGGGCAUGAUGGCAUAUGCAAUGCCUCCCCACAUGGGCUCCAUGAUGAUGACGCAGCCCACUAUGAUGUACAGCCAGCCUGUGAUGAGGCCAGCCAACCCCUUUGGCCCCAAUCCAGGUGCACAGGUAAUGGAUGUCCACACCUACAAUUUCCCACUCCUUCCACAUCUGGGCUCAGUGACCCAGCUUGUCUGAACCAGAGAAACUCAGCAGUUGAGUUUAUUUGCGUGGGUCCAAGCCAUCAAAUCUGACCCUCUCCAUUAGGCUUGUGCUGAUUGGCAAUAUAAUCAUAUAUUUACAAUUGAAUGUUUCUUUUUUCGUCUGACACCAGCCAUUUUAUAUAACUUAAAGAACUAGGAACUAUUCCUUGACACUAAGACUUGAAGUCGCCCAUGGUGGCGUUUCCCUGGCAUGCUGUGAUAAAACUUCCCCCACCUCCUCUAACUCCUACUGUACCUAUUGGCGAUCUUGUGUAACCCCAAUUGGACAAUAUGAAAAUAGACAUGUUCGCCCGACCCAACUCUCCAUUUCUCUGCUCUUCUGUUUUCAUCCUCCUCUGUGACAAAACCCCUUUCACACAGCUUUUUCAAGGCACUACUGUUGCGCAGUUAUUCCGCCUCGCCUUCUGUAUUAAAGGCACCGACACAGAAUGGGGGACAGGGUUGUUCCGUCGUUAAGCCGGCAGGUAGGAACAGAGCCGAAUCGACCUCCGUGUAAAAGGGAAAGCUAGCACGAGAAGCCUUCGCUCUCUCUCACACACACACACACACACACACACACACACACAC